AUGGAGAAUGAGUUCAACACCACAAGCGAACAACAUCUCACCGCAGAGACCUCCAUCGCUCCCUCUAGACCUAACAGAGCUCAUGCCAAUGAUGACUCACCCGGAGAAGCCUUCAAGACUCCUUCACGUAUGACACCCUCUCACCGGUCUUCUACCCUUAGAAACCUUAGCCGUGUGGUCCCCACCUUCGACGCGUUAGCUUCUGGGUCUUCCUGCUUAUCUGGGGCCUGUUCCCCCACUGAGUCACCGGAUACUGAGGCCACCAUUCUUGAAUCGUUUGGGCGCUUGACUCCUGAUGGGCCCUUGAUUCUUAAUGCCCAUGCUACCAGCAAUGCUCACUCUCCGGAGUCCCCCCCCUGUAGUGCCGGUCAUGCUGGUGACCCAGUGGCGGAGAGCCCGGGUGUCGAAGCGGAGGCAAGCAGUAUGCCUCCGCCGCCAGAAACAGCAUCAUCGGGCCCCUUAGCCUCUGCUGUCGCUGAUCAAGAUGUGGUGUUUGCGCUGGACGAUUUGAGGGUACAUCUGCCGCGUUCUUUGCUAGCAUCUGAAAGGCUGCGGGAGUCCUUCUUGGCGCGAUUGGUGCGUGUCACGGAGGACCUAACAGAAAGGGAAGUUCAGGAGCCGGAGGGCGUUGGAGCUCUAGGAGCGCUGAAGCCGAGGACCACUGCCUGCGGAGCCAUAAGGCUUGAGCCUCGGGAAGCUGAGGGCUUUGCAGCCCUCGUAAGUCACCUCAAAGGGGAGAACCCGCUAAACCUCAGCGGGCCCGCCUUUGUGCUGCAGACACUCGUGCAGAUGCUUGCAGAUAGCACCUACUGGUGCAUUCCUUGUGGUCCUGUUUACCUUCCUCUUUUUCUCUGGUGCUCAGAAGCUUGGGUUGAUGAGCUUAAUGGCGUCUACGCAGUGCACCCCAACGAGCGGGGCGCUCUCGGGCCUUUGCCCUGGGGCGAGAGAAGCACUACUUGUUUCCGGAGGCUCAGCCGCCUCCCAACGGUCCCGGAGCCUCUGAAGCCUUAUGUUAAGCACACAAAUGCAGACACUCCGGCGGAGACAGCGGGCGAAAUCAGGGGGCCUGAAGCGGCCGCUAGACCUCGUGGGGGCCUUACAGAGGCCACUUCACGAGUGCCGUGGCAACUGACAAGAGGACGAGACGACGACAGCAGUGACGCCUUUGGCUGGCAGCAACACCUGAAAAAAUGGCAGGAAAGUCCUGGGGGGCCCGCUGCGUCUGACUUGGACCCGACGGCGCUUAUCAAAGGAGCUCAAGCAGGAGCGGCAGCAGCUGUGGCUGCGGCUUCUGCUGUAGCAGCGACUGCUGCUGCUGCUGCUUCCACGGGCUGGAUAGCUGCAGUAAGAAAGAUGGGCAUCGUUGCUGCUUCUCCUAGAGCACAAGUGAGCCCCACAGACGAGUUGUAUGCAGCCCAAAAAUCUCCCGCCACAGAGAACAUUCAAGCUGCUGCGGCUUCCUCGCCACCGCUUAGCCUCGAGCGUAGUGCUUCCAGGUUGCGGCCACCUCAGUUGCACCAGCAGCAGCAACCACAGCCGUUUCAGAAGCCUCAGGCGUCUUCUGGUUUCGCAAGGAGCCCCAUACGCCGCCUGCGGGAGGUUUUUCAAGCAGACAAGAGCAGCCCUGGCUCUGGGUCCCCUCAUGCCAUCUCGGCAACUGCCGCUGGUGGAGGAUGCCAGGAUUGCCCACCGCCUUUACGUGGCCACGCAUCAGAAAGGCUCUUUCUGGAGGGGCAAGUUGAGGGUCUUGCUGACGGCCUAUCCGCCGUUGAAUACUUCAGCUGUGCGCCAUUCCACUUGGCGGUGGACCGGCACCAAGGAAAACUGCUGUUGGCUGUAGACGGUUGCCGCUACCCGCACAUACAGCACGCUGCUCAGUUUUCAGAAAUGCCUUUGAAGGCUCCCACAGCCUUCCGGGUGGAUGAGCUCCAGUGGCUUCUAAUGCUUAAUGCCUGCGACUACCUCGACAUCCAACUCAGCGGUGUACCCUGGACCUCCGUCGAGAAGCAGAAACGGGCCAACGGCUUCGACAACUGCGAGACAGACAACUCUGACACAGAACUUGAGGACACAGAACGCAGUGCUGCAGUCACCACUGCCUCCCGAGCCGCCUCAAGGGGACUCCUGCGCCCCUGUGGAGUGGCCGCCGACUCUCCAACUUCAAAGCAGGUGUCCCAGAGUGAAACUGCCAAUCAGAGGGAGCUCUCCUCUACUGUUGCAGCUGCUAGUGGUGCUGCUGUGCCGUCCGCUACCGACGAGCAAGCCGCGUCAAACAGGACCGGCUCAGUUGUGGGCGCGGAGGACAUUGCAGCAGCAGCAGCAGCUGCUGCUGCCUGGAAGGGUUCCCCUGCAAAUCAGAGGCAGCUCCAGCUGCAGCGAGCUCGAAUCCCACCUCACCGAAUCCUCUGUUGCCGCCUUAAGACCUGCAGCAGUUUCCAGGGCCUCCAUAUGGUGUGCGUUCAUCCUUACGGCCACGUCGUUGUCCCUUCUUGGCCCUUCACAUCGGCAGCCUCGCGGUCCUCUGCCUUCCAGUCCUCCAUAGUCGCUGUCUCCUCUGGCCUCUUUACUCGAGCAGUGCAGUUUUAUCCUUGGGGUAUCUUUGCGUUGUUUGCCGAUGCCCCGGCAUCUAGAGUUUUUAAUUCAUCGGGUAUUGCUCAUGGCCUCAGUCUAGUGAUCGGAAAGGCGAUGGUGUUUGGGCAAACGCCUCGAGACAUAGCGGAGAAACGCGUUCAGUUGUACAUACACCAGACUCAGCAGCCCUAUGCACCGCCUUUGAAGCCUCCAGACCUCAGUAGCAUACACGACGUCAUCAAGGUCUGCCCUUUCGUACCUCCUAAAGAACUGCAGGCCUACAAGACGGAGCACGGGGUCAACAGUGACCAGAUUCCGAUGAGGGAGUACCACCGCAUGCUGCGUCUAGCGGUUUCUGUCUGCGGCAAAUUGGUGGGCGUGAUUUCAGAGGGCGAUUUCACUCUGGGCGUCUCCCGCAGCUGCUGCACGCAGCCUCAGCCCCUUAUUCCUACACCCGAUAUCACAAGCCCCACUUAUGAGAUCGUGCCGUCAGGGUUUCCAAACCCCAAGGAAGGUCUCUUCUCCUCUCAGCUCAUCGGCUACUUUGAUAUUCAAUCCGGCAAGUACUACAAAUGUCCCGUUGGCCACGGUUACUGGAUCCUUGGAGAGUGA